AUGUGCCUCUCCGGAGACCCACCGGUAUCUCUGGAUUUCUGGAGCCUUUCUAAAUCCCCGAGAAUAGACAAAGAGAAGUUCCGACGGGUCAAGAGCACUUUGAUUGUUUACGCGACAGCUUGCGGAAGAUGUCGGUUCUGUAGUCUGAAACAGCGCGUGGAAUCGGCGAUCAAGAAAAGAAGAGAAGAAAAAUCGAUCAUCUUCCUCGAUGACCUCAAUUUCACUCUGAAGGAAGAGGCUCGCAAAGCAUUCAUACGGACCGAGCACAUACGACUCGAGUUCUAUCCCCGGAAGGAACGUACUGAGGGAAUAGUGAGGUCGGUUAAACAGUUGAGUGAAGCUUUCGAGAAAAGCUUCAAGAAGUUCAUGCGGUACAUCCGGUCAAUCGAGAUACUGCGCCGGGUCGCCAACUCCGAUAGGACGGUGUUGGCCCGCAAUUACGCUUCCCUGCACUUCAUAUAUGAGAUUUUACGACGUUCGAAGAACUUCGUACCGCUCUUGGAGUUCGAUCUCGGCUCUGGAUUCCACCACAUGGGUCUCAUCACGAAUUCGGGAGAGAAUCCUCUGCUGACGGAAUUCUUCAGGUCGAUGCUGCCCCUCCUCAAUCGUGUGAAACAACUCAACGUCACCGCCAAGGAGUUCGCCUACCUUCGAGCCUUCAGCUUCUUCAAUCCGCGCGUGAAAGGUCUCAAGAACAAACAAUUGAUAAAAACUCUGUGGACCUUCUUCUGGAACCAAUUGGAGAUCUUGAAGAUCGACCCAGUGGAUUUGAGACGAGACCGAUUCAGCGGAUUGAUGACACUCCCGAGCGAAGUCAGGGUCGUGGCCGAACGACUCCUCUGUUUGAUCAGAGAAAGUAACUUCAUAAAAAGUCCCCUUCUAGAAGAGCUCCUCUCACAAGACGGAUGA